AUGUGUCGUGAGAGUGAUGGUCUCUCUCCCCCUACAGAUGUGUGGUCUAAGCUGUCUGACUCCAAGCGCAAGCUGUCCCGCACGGAGCUCUCUUCGGAGGUCAUGGGGACCUCCGCCGGACAUUCGGACCUCUAUCGGACGGAGCCCCUUUCGGAGCUGGGCAUCACAGUCCCGCCCCAAGAUGCCAACUACACUCUGGAGGAGGAUUUCCACACGUACUACAACUCCACCUUCUAUUCGGACAAGGACAAGGCUUCGGCCUUCUGGGUGGACCUAGACUCUCUGCCCAGACACCAGGUCAUCACACACGAGAUGCUGUCAGACUCACACAGGCAAGCCACGACCAUCGAGAUGUCUUUCGACUUUCCCUUCUACGGGACCCCCGUGAGGAACGUCACCGUGGCAACCGGAGGGUUCCUGUAUACCGGGGACUACCUGCACAACUGGAUAGCGGCCACGCAGUAUGUGGCGCCCCUCAUGGCCAACUUCGACACUGCCUCCUCCCCAGAAUCCACCAUCAAGUACGUGGACAACGGUACUGCUUUUACAGUUCAAUGGACUAAAGUAUCGUUGCAGGAUAAAGCCAAUGACGGAGCUUUCACUUUUCAAGUGACCCUGUUGAAGAAUGGGGACAUCGUUUUUGCAUACAAAGAUGUGCCCUACCCAGUGGUCAACAUCUCUGAUGCCAGGCAUCCCGUCAAAGUGGGCAUCUCAGACGCCUACAUCCUCGAGAGGAACAUCUUCUUCUUGCGUAGGAAGACCAUUUACGAGUACCACAGGAUCGACAUGAUGAAGCGAGAAAUUUCCAACGACACCGCCAUUUAUUUCGUCGCCCUGCCCACGUGCGCAGGCAAGCGCGAGUGCCUGUCUUGCCUGGCCCCUGACCCAAGACUGCGGUGCGAGUGGUGCGAUGCGGUGGGGCGGUGCUCUGAUGGAAUGGACAGGCUCAGGCAGGAGUGGCUGGAGAAGAGGUGUUCCCUGCAGAAAGAAGCUUCCUGUGCUGCCAAUGCCCGUGAACUCUAUGCCAGUGAGUCAUUUUCUCUGUGUUUCGAAUUCAUUCAGAUGGAAUCAUCUUUACUUGGAAGAUUGCCAAAUUACAUGCAAUCCGUGGUCAAACACUAUAUGGGUAAAUCUCCGAUGGAAGGUGCCACCGACUCCACUACGAUGAAUAGUGCCACCUCUAUGCAGAGCAUUCCCGGUGCCACCGAUGCCGUCGCGGCACCGGAGCACGCCAGAGAAGAGUCGGCCCACAUCAUACAAGUGAUCGAGAAUGGAGUGAGCACAGGCGCCAUUGUGUGCAUCGUGGUGUUCCUCGCCAUUUCCGUGAGUGUUGCAGUCUGGGUCUUCUACGCAUUCAGGAACCCUGAGACACCCUCUGGACAGUUCCUCAUCAAGUACCGUCCCAGCCAAUGGACCUUCAGGAAGGAGGAGGGAGGCAUCACCUCCAACUCUCGCCACCUCUGAUUGGCUGGAGGGAAGAAAUGGGGCUGACCCUUCCACACUCGAGGAAGUGCGAUUCCAAUUCCGGUGCCUUUUCAUUUUCCCUCACUCUCACCACUCCACCCGAGGUUUCGAGAAACUUCGUCAAACGGGGAAGUAAAGAAAAACGAAACUCUUCGCUGUCAUUGGCCGAAAUGGGAGGAAUGA